AACUGAAAAGGGGCAGUACACACCCUCGCCGCCUCAAACAGCCAGAUGCACUGGAGUACAGGCGCUUCUGGGCAUACAGCGAACACAGAGCAGAGCAGCGAUCUGUGAUCCAACAAUCAGCCAAACUGGUGGAACUGUUGAAGUCUUAGCUGCAGCCCCCUGAUGUGUUUCAGUGGAAGUCAGAACAUCCGCCGCAUGAAAUAGGAAUCUUCAUCCUCACAUAUGGCUUUCCUCAAAAGCAGAAGAAUGAAAUCGAUCAUUUUACUUUCAGAGACCGUGUCUGGCUUUAAUGCCUGAGAAAUAACACGGGACACCAGAUGAAAGCAGCCCUAAUUGAAUGCUUUUGAACACUGAAUACAAACCAGCCUCUGCAGUGACCUUUCCAGUAUGAAAUGCUAUUCCUCACACGCACCCAAAAGCAGGAAGCCGCUCAUAUACACAGCUUCCCUGCGAGCCACUCAAGAGUUAUGAUCUAUGAGAUAAAGGGCAGAUCCCUUUUCUCCAAAAGAAAAGUCAUCUGCGAGUUGAAGAUUGGGGUGCAGGCGAAAAACUUGUUUUUGUGACUAAAAUAGAAGAGAAGGAAGAGCAACAUCUGGGAAAGAAAAAAAAAGGAGUAUUAGUGAGAUGUGAGUAGAGAAGCUUGGACUCUUUCUCAGCCCUUCGUGCCAGAAUUUUAGCACAGCACAACAAUCUUGUGCAAUUUUCGUGGCAUUUAUCCAUGGGAGCUCAUCCAAUGCUCAUCGAAGCUGACCCUCCUGGGAGGUCCCAUUAGAUGCAGGAUAAUACUUCAUGAAGACCAAUGCAAGAACACGCUUCUUCCGUCAAAUUUCGGCUGUCUGCAGGACAACAUUUGGAAGAAUUAUUGCUGAAAGGGGAGCCGUAACCGGAAACAGAAACUGGGAAAACUGAACUACUACCUUUCCCUCAUCUUCUGCGUGGGUGUUUUCUUUCAGCUAAUUCACUGUUUGCCAGUAAGGAGUAAAACUUCAUCUUUCACCAGUUGCUUCAUCCUUUCGGGAGAGGAGACUGAGCCGAGCAGGACAAAGCACUAGCGUUUCUCCCUCCCGCGUUGAGGGCUUGUUCCUGCUGCGACAGACGGCGAUGGAGAUGGAGAAGGGACAUACGUCUAUCAGGAGAGGGGUGAGCUGGAGCCCGGGGGGCUUGAGAAAACCUCUCCAGUUAACUCAAGACGUGCAGACCCAUGGGACAGACUACAAUGCAUCAUGGGAGAAGACAGGAUUCAACAAAGAACACAUGAGCCGGAAAACAAAUCUGACCAGGAGUGCCAGUUUGUCAGAGAAGGAGCUAAAGGAGGCUCGCGUCAAGAGUCAGAUCAUUGCUGCUCAGCUCACCGUCCCUUCCAACUCCAAGUCCAGGGGUGUUCAGCUCUUUAAUCGGCGUAAGCAGAGAGUCAACGCCUUCACACUUGAGAGCUGUGGAGAAAGGUCAGAGGAGGACAGAGCUGAGGAUGUGAAAACGAACCCCCCAUCCAACAAACUGACAUGGGCAGAGAGGAGCAGUGAGGAAAAGGACAGAGACCUAAACUUAAAGAACACGACCGCUGACAAGCCGGUCUUCUCAACACCUGCAAGAGUACGCUCAGUGGGAGAUAUCAUGGAUAAGCCGGCUAAGGAUUUCCACAAAGAAGAAGACACUGAUGACAGUGUUGUGCAAGAGAGACACUUCCUCCCUGUCAAGGAGGAGCAAGAGGAAGAGGCACGACAUCAAUUUCACGAGGAUCUAGAGGAUGAGGCCGAGCGUGAGACUCCGCCAGGGAGUAAAACCACUGAUGUGAUAGUGUCAGUACAUGCUGAAGGAGAAGCAGAGAUAAAUGGGAGGCAAACAGGGCCAGAUCCUGCUGGAAAGCUUCCUAAUGGCUGUCAUGGUGCCUCUGGUCCUGAGAAGGUGCCCACAUCUAAGCAGGCAAGCUCCUUCAUCAAUAGAACUGCCAGACCUUUCUUCUCUCCGCCCACGGUGCAGUCUCCGGAGACCAUCAGGCCUGUCAUGGACAUCCCCCCUCCUCCUUCCUACUCCACACCUCCUCUCCCUGCUUUUACUGUCCCCCAGCCUGUGGUGGCCUCACCUCCUCCUCCGCCUCCGUCAUAUCCCACACCACCUCUACCCUCUUUUACAAACCAGCCCCCACAGACUUACUACACCAGUCCACCUCCAAUGUCUCCUGUCAUGUCUCCUUCUUCUCCUCCGCCAUCCCAUUUCUCUGCUUCCCAGUAUUCACAAUUGCCCCAUUAUGGCCCUCCCACAGCCCCGAAACCCUCCACUUUUGUUCCUAAGCCAUCAGGGGAGAGGACGAUGACAACACCAAUCAAAACAGGAAUACUUGAGGAGGGUGCUGCCAGGAGGGCAAAUAAAAAGUCAAUGUUCACAUUCAAAGAGAAACCGGUGGUUGCUCCAAACCCCGAGCUACUUUCUCUAGUGCAAGGAGCGGAUGAAAGAAAGAAGCAUGGACACAAAUCUGUCCCUGAGCCAGGAUCUGAAGAAGAGUUACUGGCUCUGGGUGCAGAAGCCUCCAACUUCCUAGCCAAGGAAGAGGACAGGACAGAGGGAGCAAGAGCUCCAGAAUGGUCCUCCUGUCUCAAGAGCUCGAGGACCCGACCAAGGGCAGAGCACCAACCGGAACAGUCGCUUACAAAUGUGUCCGGAAAAGGUGCUGAACUGUUUGCUAAGCGUCAGUCCAGGAUGGAAAAAUAUGUGGUUGAGAAUCAGAACGCAGGCCAAAUUAGAUCUCCUUCUCCUACAAUGUCUCUGCCACCAUCUUGGGUUUACCCAUCAAACAUGCCUGGUAGGGUCAAAGCUAUCGCUAAAAACUCUGACAUGUGUGCUCAACUUUCACAAAAUCUCAAGGCGCAACAAGCAGUCAAGCAGAAACCAAUGAAAAAACCUCCACCACCAGAGCCAGUUCCAGAGCCGCCGCCUUUGGAAAAUGGUUGCUCCAAGAUAGAGAUGGAUCUGUCGAGGCACCGGCCAUACCAGCUUAACUCUUCUCUCUUCAUCAUUAACCCAGUCAAGGACCCCAUCAGUACCCUACCCAAAGGAGCACCACAGGCCAGGAACCAGCUCGCCACUCCAACUUUCUCCCGACAGACUUCACUCCCUAAGAAUCCUCCCUUUAACUUCAGUGCCCAGUGCAUGUCUCCUCAAAUACCUCUCAGACCUACAGGAGGACCAGAUUAUCCUUCAAAUCCGACAUCUGGUCAUCCAAGGAUCAGCUCUCCGAUGUCUGCUUUUUCUCCAGACAGGGUGUCCUCUCCCCGGUCAUCAGUACAGGCACCAAGGCCCACAUUUUCUGCCAAAAAGGCAGGGAUUGCACCGCAGACACCAAAGGAGUCCACUCCUGCUGAAGUUCCCAGUGAGACACCUACACCAACCAGGACACCUAACCUCACAGGCAACCCGGGCGGCCCAGCUACUGGAAGCUGGACUUCUAGCCUCCAAACAAGCCCACCACCCCUCACUAGCUCCAUCCGUUCAGUCACGUCCCCUGUAUCGUUUCGUAAUAAUUCAAGAUGCCAAUCGCCUAUGAGCACUCAGAAUAUCCUGUUUUCUACAGUUACCUCCACUUCCACAUCCAGACCCUCACAAACAUCUACAGCCACCUUUCCACGCUCUCCUCCUUGGGGUUCAAGAUGUCAGUCCCCAGUGGUCAGCCAGUCCGCUAUCAUUUCCCCAAUUCCUGCUUCCCAAACUUCUACAUCUCCUUCUCCCCUUUCUCCUCCUUGGGGUGUAAGGUGCCAAUCCCCAAUGGGGACCCAGAACAACAAGCCCUCCACUGGUUUCUCAUUUUCUUCAUCUAAACCUCCCCAAUCAUCUACAGCGACUUCACCACACACACCUCCUUGGGGAUCAAGAUGCCAAUCCCCAUUAGUAAGCCAGAAGGUCCAGUCCUCUAGCUUCUUAGUUUCCACAUCCAGACCAUCCCAGCCAUCUACAGUCACAUCUCCUGUCUCUCCUCCAUGGGGCUCACGUUCUCAGUCUCCUUCACACUUUCAAACCAGUUUCUCUCUCUCUACCACUAAACCUCUGUACACAUCCUCCGUCACCUCUCCUGUUUCCUUGCCCAAAGACAGUCGCUGCAUGUCUCCCACAGUUAACAACUUGGACUCUAAAGCCAACCAUCGCCUGCUGGCCAAAAAUAUCAUCAAUGCAGCCAAACGUAAAAACAGCCCUUCUCCUGGUGCACUAAGCGGUCACAGUCUUCCUAUCUCAUCACUGAGCUACGACGGUCAGAAACCACCCGUCAACCUCUUCCAGUCACGGUCACUGGGGGCACAGUCCCCUACUUUCACCAGCCCUCCCCCAACUCCAACUCAGAGAAUCUGUUCUCCUGUGCGUCUCUACCACACUCGCUCCCUGACCGACUCCGACGCCUCUGUUGAAUCCGAAGACUCAGGCCUCCGCUCGCCCGGCCUCCACUCCUACAACACUUGUCCCCGCGGCUGGGGCGGCAGCCUGAGGGUGAAACGAAGUACCAUCUCCACUGACCUGUGAGGGCGUUAUUGAGUGUCGACAAAAGCACAAUUUCUGAUUUCAUAGAGUUUUGUGGAAGUAGAUCACCAAGUAACCGAGUUUCUAGAGACAUUUCAUCAGACUAAUGUUAGAUGAGUACUACAUAAGUAACUUUGAUUGCAGAUCCUAUAAUGGUAUAUGUUGUAUCGAAGUAGUUUAUAGUAUUUCAUAUGGCUCACAUUCGUAGUAUGGCCUGACAAGAACAAGCUUUUUACACAACACAGUUGCUGUGGCUUGUAUGCUUCUUACACGCCAAAAAAAGUGCAAAAGACUCAAAAUAACCAAAGAUUUUUCAAUACAUAUUAUACUUUCACAACAAACAUACAGAAUCUUCACUGUCGAUACUGUGUUUGAAAAGUGUUUGAAGAAAUAGUAUCAGUUUUAAACAUCAUUAAUGAACUAUUGUUAUGACGCAAGUAGAAAAUUGGGGUUGAGACCUAAAAAUGUUGAAGGAAAUGAGUAACAUGUAAAUAUACCCCUCAAGUGAGUUUAAUCUGCUUUGGAUGAGGCAUUCUCAUAGUACUGCGUUAGGAAAUGACCAAGCAGUGAAUUGAUAAAAUGAUUUAGACAGUACUGAUUAUGAUGGGUUCCCUUCCCUUUUCCACAACAAAAACACAGAAGUAGAUAGGUAGCACACACUCAUUUAUUACCAGCUGUAACCACUGCAAAGUAAGUAAAAUGCAUAAAUAUCACAGUGCAAUAAUGAGUUUAGCAAAGCGUAUAGAUGUUGCUCUGAUUUGCUGAAAUGAAUGUAAGCUUUAUAGACAGACUGACGAAGAAUGACAGAAAAAAAGGGAAUGUUAAAUACAGAGACUUAUGUGGAGGUAAGACAGGGCAUUGAUACAACUGUUCAAUCAAACACUGUUUCCGAGUUCCAAGAAAGAUGUCAAAAUUGUUGUAUUUUUUGUUUCUUUUGCUGUUGUCGACAGAAAAACGGUUGAUUAAGGUUUGAGACAAGGAAUGGAUUAAAAUUUAUAUAUUUCACUGAGAGCCUGUUCGAGAUGGGUUCAGAAGUUCAGAAGUAAAAGUGGAUGUCACACAAGUGUGUGCGUUAACCUUUUAUGGAGAGGAGGGAAAAAAGAUUUUGAAGAAUGUUGUACGUUGUAAAGUGAUUGUCAGAAGAUGAUUGGAGGACCAGUAUGUAUUUGAAAUGCAUAUAAAAAAUCAAAUGUAUGUUCUCGUUCAUUUUUAUUGUUUCUCUUCGUACUUGAUUUGCACUUCUUUUCAUUCCAUUUCAGCGGCUAAGAAGGGGUUGUUCAAAAGCUUGAUUGCUUUGAGAAGUGUCACUCAAAACGUUACCUUCAAACACUUGUAUACUGUAAAAAAAUAAAAUAGCCCACAGCUGGAGAAUGCAAUAUGCUGACAUGAUGAUGGUGGCACUUAGCCGCAAACAUAACUGCUGCCAGAACGAGCUUUAUGUUUCAAGCGUGGGGCCAUAUUACACCACCUUCUUAAGUCGUUCGCUAGCACAACAGAUCAUUCCUUCAUUCCCUGACACGCAGGCCAAAAGCAUCAGCACAUUUCUAAAUAUUUACCCUGUUUGUCUUUUGAGUGACGGGGACUCCUGCUACACAGUGACCCGGCUCUUUCAGCAGGAUUAGGCCUAUCACUGUCACGGCUUGAGUUCAACCUGGGUCACCACUAGGUGGACUGCAGAAGUUCUCAGACUUUAACAAGAAUUGUUAUAGUUUUGAAUUUGAAAGCAGGGUUUUUUUUGGAGUGCUUUG